AUGUUGGAGCAGGACAGUCCUGGGAGGAGGGUGGGGUGCUGCACUGUGGACAACUCCACCUCAACAAACACCCCAACACCUGCAUGGGAACCCAACCCCAAGUCCCAGCAAGCCUCCAACAGCAAAGAGAGGGGUGCUGGACAACAGACGAAGCUCACCAAGCAGAUGGAGACACCAGUGGCUAAACCCCUGUCACAGGUGUCUGUUAGAGGCCAGGCUGGAGAGGUAGCAGGCAGUGGAACCAGCGGAGCCAGACAUCCACAGAACAUCUCCUUCUCCCAGUCUCACCUCCAGUCCCAGAGCCAGGUCCAGUCUGGUACUGCCGGCACCCUCAGCGUCAACAACCUGAUCCGGCCCAGCUCCAGCCAGCAGCAGGCAUACCCAGGCUCCCUCAGUCUGGCUGGGCAGCAGGGCUCAGUCCUGUCCCCUGCAGGGAACUCAGCCCAUGUCUCCCAGCCCUCCACCCCUGGCCUUCCUCCCUUCUCAGGCUCAGUCCAGCUGAACGAGUACACCCCCCUGAAGAGUGCCCUGAUAAGGGCCCUGGUGGGGGUGGGUGAGCCGCAACACAUCAAGGACUUGUCCAAGCGGCCAGCCCAGGACGAUGUGAUACUGUCCAGCAGUAACAAGCGACAGAAGGCCUUCUCGUCGGCCUCCAACGUGGGCCGCAUUGAGGUCAAACCACUGGACCACAGCCAGAUGAUGGUACCCCAGCUACCCCCUAGCUCCUCAGCCGUCAUGACCAGGAUCAACCCCGAUGGAGUGGGUACCUUGUUCUCAGGCAACGCCUUCAUGAAUACAAUGCUCCGACCCACCGAGAGCCACUGCACCCCUCAGCUGACCCCCACAGGAACACAACCAACCAGGUGUGCUCCACCUGCCCCAUGGCCACCCCCAGCAUGUUGCACCCCAGCCAGGCCAACACCUCGGGGGGAACCCCUACCUGAAGCAGCAGCAGAGGCACCACCUGACCCAGCCUGACCCUGCACGGCUCCACAGCCUCCAGCAGAGGGUGCUGCAGCAGGAGCAGCAGGUCCAGAAGGAGCGGGGGCUGGUUGGAGGAGGUCAGAGCGGCCCUCCUGUGGGCCUACAACAGAAACAACACCACCUGGAGAAGGGAGGAGUUCAACAGCAGCAGCACCAGCAUCAACAAUCACAACAAUCACAUCAACAACAACACUCACAGCAACAACAACAUCAACAGCGGCAGCAGCAACAGUCACAACAACACCAACAACAAGCCCAGUCACAGCAGCAGCAACAACAACAACAACAACACCCUCAACAGCAACAGCAGCACCAGCAGCAGAGCUCCCACUCCAGACACCAGCACCUCCAGCAGCAACAGAUCCAGCAGCACUUUGGGUCGCGGCACCAGGAGAAGAGCUGUGAGGCCCAGCCAGGACCAGCAGGACCCAGAGCUCACCACAGCAGCCACCUGACCCAGCAGGAACACAUCAAGGUACAUGAACUACUGAGGCUGUGUUGAAUACAUGAUGAUAAUGAUUGGAUUGUCUUGUUUGCAGCUCUGAGUAUACAUUAAAAACAUGUGCAUGUGCUCCAUUUGGAUGAUUUAGAAUGAAGUCUGUUUUCUAUAUGUUUCUAUCCAAUCUUUUCUCCUCUCUUCCCCCUCUUCCCUCCCAUUGGUCGGGUCAGAACCACAGUACCAUGCAGAGGCUGAUGAGCUCUAGGAACCUGGAGCAGCAGCUGACUUCCCAGCCCAGCAACCCUGCCUCCCGGCCCUCCGACCUGGGCUGUGCCCCCUCGCGCCAGGAGCACCACCGGGUCUCCAGCUACUCUGCAGAGGCCCUCAUUGGGAAGAGCUCGUCUAGUGGCGAGCAGCAGCAGCGCAUGGGGCUCCAUCUCCAGGCCACUCGCGGUACUACACAGGAACAGCCAGACCUACUGAGCUACCUGGGCACAUCCAGAGUGAAGGGCAACAUCACACAUAACCCUCAGAGCCGGCUGCCCCCAGACCACCCAGGCUCUGCAGAUGUCCAGAGGUUCUCUGAGUGUCUUCCGUUUAAAACAAUCGGCGGGGCUGGAGGGGGGCAUCGCCUGGGGGGCUUUGAGGACAUGACACCUAAAUCAGGUGCCUCCUCUCAGAGAGGCGCCCAAAGCCAGCAGGGGGGUUUCAGGAUGGGCCCGGGGCCUCCAGGGGAUGGGCGACCCCUUGGGGGGUACAGUGAACCCCAUCCUGGGACGCAGGGGGUGCAGAUUGGUGCUUCAGGUCUUCCCCGGGACCAGGAGGGGUGUCAUCAGAGCUUCAUGCAGAGUCUCCUGGAGCAGACCAACCACCAGAGGGCAGUGCAGUGCUGUCCUCCGGUCAGCAUGGAGUACAGCUGUGUGCCUGGCAGCUCUGCAGGGGACAUGCAGGCUAAAGCAUCCAGCCCCAGUGUUCCUCCCACUCAGAAGGCCCCAGCUUUGAGGCUUGGGGAGGGCAACAAGGGCCACAUCCCUCAGGGUAGUGGGAACAUGGGCGUCCACCCAGGGGUACGGGCAGGUCUCCCCCACCCUCUUACCCCCCACAGCAGCUCUGAGCCAGGCCGCACCUCUGCCCCCUCCAGACCCCCCACCGCAGUCAGCCAGCGCUCCCGCCACAUCACCCAGGAAGCCCAGAGCGGGAAGCUGAGGCCUGGGGAGCGACCACGGUCAGGCAGCCUGAGACCUGGGAACCCCUUUGAGCCUGGCGUCCACCUGCUGGGUCGACCACAGUCAGGGGGUGAGGCGCGGCGCAGCAGUAUUGUCCGCUUUAUGGCAGACAGUGCCCAGGUCGCCGGGGACAACAACCUGAUGCCUGACCAACACCUGGCCCAGAACUUUGGCUUCUCCUUCAUCCCGGAGGGAGGAAUGAACCCCCCUCCUAUCAGCCAGCCCAACUCCUCCCGCCCCUCGGCCCUGCUAUCUGUAGAGCCCCAGAACACCUUACCCUCCUUCUACCCCUCCUACCCCCCUGCCGCCCACCCCAGCCUGGCCAGCGACAUCCCCAUCCAGUACUUCUCCAACCAGAUGUUCACAAGCCCCAGUGCCGACAAGAGCAGCUCUGCCCCCCUCAACAACCGCUUCGGCUCCAUCCUGUCUCCACCGCGCCCCGUAGGGUUCGCCCAGGCAACCUUUCCCCUACUCUCAGACAUGCCCCCUAUACCCAUCAGCAACUCCUCUGGCAUCACCCCACACCUGUCCAACUUCAGCCUCACCUCGCUGUUCCCUGAGAUCGCCACGGCGAUGCAGCCUGAUGGUUCUGCCAUGCCAAUGUCCCCAUUGCUGUCCCUCUCCAACACUUCCUCUGCAGACUCAGGCAAGCAGCCCAACCGCCCCGCCCACAACAUCAGCCAUAUCCUGGGGCAUGAUGGGAGUUCUGCCGUGUAG